AUGGACUACCGCAUCAAUGAGCUUCGCCGCUUUAGGAUCGUCCUUGGUGGUCUUGCAGCCUCGCUCGCCAUAUCCGUCUUUUACGGCUUCAACCUUCUCAGCAACUAUCUUCAGACGGAGUAUGGACUGAGUGGAAGUGACCUUACAACCAUUACAACCACCGGAAUCGUUGUUGGCUUCGUGACCUUCCCCUGCGGGAUGCUGCUUGACUACGCCGGCCCCGUAUGGGUGCUUCUCAUCGCCACCACGUCGUGUGCUCUCGGCGCCCUCCUCUUCGGACUGGCGUUCAACGGGCUGAUAGCUGCCUCGGUGGUGCGAUUUUCUGUUUUUUGCGCGUUCCUAAACUUUGGGUGUCUUUCCUUUGACACUGGCUCGCUGAUGGCGGUGCUGGGGAGCUUUCCGCUGACGAAGGGCCCUGUGGUGGCGCUGAUGAAGACGUUUGCCGGUCUGGGCGCAUCUGUCCUUGCUGUUAUCAACAACAGUUUUUUCCGUGAUAGAUACGCGGCCUACAUCGUGGACGUGCUUGGUGCCCGCAGUGUGGUUGUGACUUUGGUUUGGUACUGA